AUGGACGAUCUUUCCGGGCUUGACUGGUCAUCCCAGUCUAACGGCGGCGGUCCCCCCAAAAAGCCGCCCAUGAAUCCAAUGUCUUACGCCUCCUUCUCGACACUCCAGCCGACACCAUCACCACAAGGGUCCGGUCGCAGCACGCCCCAGACGCAGGGAAGCUUCGGCACCGCGACGAAGCCGCCGCCCGCAAAACCGGCGCAGGACAGCUUCAGCAACCUGAUGAAGUUUGGCCCUGCCAAAUCGAACCAGAACCUGUCGCUCGCCGAACGACAAGCGCAACUCGAGGCCGAGAAGAGGAAGAAGCUGGAGGAACAGAAGAAGCUACAAGAGGCGCAGUUUGGGAAUGGACAGUUCUGGGACAGUCUCGGAUCCAGGGGCGCGACACCGAGCCCUGCGUUGCGGUCACCACCAUCUUCAUCGAUCGGCAAAGCGAACGAAGACGACGACCUCUUUGCGGCUUUCAACAAGGACACCAAGGUGGACAAUGCCAGCCACUUCCCGCCGCCCGAAUCUCAAAGGUCGACACCGGCACAAGCGGCGCCCUUGGACCUGAGCAACCCUAGUGCUUGGGGAUCGCAGCCCGCGAACGGGGGCUCGCUGGCUGUGGAGGACGAUGACCCAUUCGAACUGAACGCCAUGAAACAAGGGCCACCCGCACCCACCCAGAGUCAGCAAUUGAACGACAAUGAUGAUUUCCUGGGCGAUUUGGCAAGACCGGUGGAGGAGAUUCGAAAGCAACAGGCAGCGUCGCAGCCUCGCCCUCAGCCCGGCAAGCCUAUCGACGGCGAUUCAAGCUCAUCAGAGGAUGAACUGGCACCACCAGUGCGGCAGCGCCCGGAGCGAAGACCAACUCCACGCCAAAACGAGCCUCAAGGGGACGAGUUCGACUCGGCCGUCGCCCAGUUGGUGGAUUAUGGGUUUGCCCCAGACGACGCGCGUCGUGGGUUGACCGAGAGUGGCGCCGGGCUCAACGUCCAAGCAGCGGCAAACUGGCUUCUCGACGAAGCGCACCGCAAAUCAAAUGCCAAGGCCAAGGGGCGAAGCCCUUCAGCAGGCCCAGGCAACCCUCGCCAACCUGAGCGGAGAACCAACAGCAGGUCACCGGCGGCGGCUGGAGAAGGGGAUGCCGAUUUCGCAAAGACUGCCGCGGCCAUGGGCAACACUCUUUUCAAAACAGCGGGAUCGCUGUGGAAGACCAGCCAGAAGAAGGUGCAGCAGGCAAUGAACGAUUUUCAACAGGACGGUAGUGGCGGCGAUCCCAACCAGCCCAAGUGGAUGAGGGAUGCCCAGCAAGCUCAGAGACAAGACGCAGUCAGAGCCUCUGCGAACGCGACAGACGAAGCCAUGGCCUUGGAAUCGGGGGGUCGACCUCAGCCAGCAAGAAGCCGCAGUCGGCCAGCCUCCGAGCGCCAGCCAAGCGCCAAUGGGCAGAGCCAGGCCCCCAGGCAGCCAUCAUCGAGUCGUGUCAGUCCUGUGCCUAGGUGGCAGCAGCAAUCAGCACCACCUGUGAGCUUUGACGCAAAGGCAAAGUUGAAGCGCCUUGAAGCAGACGAUGAUCUGUCUACCUACCGCAGCCCCAGUCGCAGGCCACGUCCGCAGCCUGCGCCAGCUGCCAAGCAGGCCCAGCCCGAGCCGGACCUUCUGUUCGGCGAGAACGCACAGCAACCCAGGCAGCCCAUACCUCACAGGCCAGCACAGCAGUCUGCGCCACCAGCAGCUCAGCGAGCACCGCCAAAAUCCGCGUCCCCUGCACCGGCGAGGCCAACACGCCAAAUACCACCCAUCUCACCGGACGCUUUGCAGAAGUCAACACGAUCCAGGAUAGAGGGUACGGCGCACUUCAAAAGAGGCGACUUUGCGGCGGCUCAUGCAUCGUACUCAUCGGCGCUGAACGCUGUCCCGUCGACACAUCCACUUGCCAUCUUGCUGUUGGCCAACCGUGCGCUGACUGCGCUCAAGACUGGCGAGCCGAAACAAGCAGUUGAGGAUGCCGAGCAAGCCAUUAAGCUGAUCGGCCCGGGGGCUGGUCAAGGGGAGACAGUCAGCGUCCAGACCGAGUCUGGGGCAGCGGAGACCCGGGACAUGCGAGACCUGUACGGGAAGUCCCUGAGCCGCAAGGCGGAAGCACUGGAGCAGAUGGAAAGGUGGAACGACGCCCUGGCAGUGUGGCGCGUAACCGUCGAGGCAGGGCUAGGCGGCGCCAACGCCCUCAAGGGCCGCCAGCGAUGUCAAGCAGCCAUCGCGCCAAAGCCGAAACCUGUCGCCAAGCCACGACCUACACCGUCUGCCGUUGCGGGUCUCGCGCCCGCAAAGAGCUCAGAAGCCGUCAUCAAGAUGCGCGAGGCAAACGAGGCGGCCGCCAGGGAGGACGACGAGAAGUUUGCCCUGUCCGAGGCCGUCGACGCCAAGAUCUCCAGCUGGCGUGACGGCAAGAGGGACAACCUGCGCGCGCUGCUAGGUAGCUUAGACAAUGUGCUGUGGGAGGGCAGCGGCUGGAAGAAGGUGGGCAUGCAUGAGCUGGUGAUGGCGAACAAGGUCAAGAUUGCCUACAUGAAGGCGAUCGCCAAGACCCACCCGGACAAGCUGCCCCAAGACGCCAGUACCGAGAUUCGCCUGAUUGCAAGUCUGGUCUUUAGCACCCUUAACGAGAGCUGGGACAAGUUCAAAGCCGAGAACGGACUGUGA